ACAAAAGCAAAACGGUGUAGUUAACUUGUUCUUUUGCUCUAAAAAAGGCUUGGUCUUUAUUCCGCUUCCACCACGGUCUGUUGCCGUCAUUGUUUAGGUAACUGCUUCAUCUGCAAGAUUUUCCGACUAACGUAUUCUGAAAUUGGUGAUUCCGUCAGAUUGGCCCAACCCAAAUGCAUGAGUAUGAGUAUGAGUAUGAGUAUGAGGAGGCAUAAGGGCAUUUUGGUUUGUUUGCGAAGUUCUAAACUGAAAUAGGGAGUUUAUAAACUAAAAAAUAAUGGUGAAAUUGACUAUGAUUGCUCGUGUCACUGAUGGUCUUCCACUAGCUGAGGGACUUGAUGAUGGCCGUGAUCUUAAAGAUGCUGAGUUUUACAAACAGCAAGUUAAGGCAUUGUUUAAAAGUCUUUCAAGAGGACAGAAUGACGCAUCGAGGAUGUCAGUUGAAACUGGCCCUUAUGUUUUCCAUUAUAUUACUGAAGGACGUGUCUGUUACCUGACAAUGUGUGAUCGUGCAUACCCUAAGAAACUAGCCUUUCAAUAUCUUGAAGAGCUCAGGACUGAGUUUGAGCGAGUCAAUGGGUCUCAAAUUGAAACUGCUGCCAGACCCUAUGCCUUCAUUAAGUUUGAUACAUUUAUACAAAAAACAAAAAAACUUUACCAGGAUACCCAUACGCAGCGCAAUAUUGCAAAGUUGAAUGAUGAACUCUAUGAAGUCCACCAGAUAAUGACUCGAAAUGUGCAGGAAGUUCUUGGUGUUGGUGAACAGUUGGACCAGGUCAGCCAAAUGUCCAGCCGCUUAUCAUCAGAAUCUCGCAUAUAUGCUGAUAAGGCUAAAGAUUUAAAUCAACAGGCUCUGAUUCGGAAGUGGGCACCUGUUGCUAUUGUUUUGGGAGUUGUUUUCUUACUUUUCUGGGUCAAAAACAAGCUUUGGUGAUCGAGCAUAGUAUAUGACAUUUUUAUAUUGGCUUGUGCUGCUUUGACUACUUUCUUUUGUCCCAAGACUAUCGAGACUUGGACAGAUAGGUUGGACCCGUAUACGUUUUGGACGAUGUCUACUUUUUGUGGACAACUUUGGUUUAAAAAAGACUAUCCUCUGUUACAUUUGAGCAUGGCCCUAUCAGGCUUUCUGGAGCUGAGACCUUUUACCUUAAGACUAAGAGUCUAAGAAGGCAAGUAUAGAAAACUUAAGUCCUUGGGGACGCAUGUAGGCAUUUCUUUUAAAAAUGUUUAUUACUCAGAACUAUUGCCUUACUGAUAAUGAGUCAAUUGUAUAACCCUUUGAUUUUAUUUUUUUCAAUUUGAGUUUCAGCUGAAUUAGAAUUACAUUUUAUAUGACUUUUUGUUAAUUUCAUCUUUACUUGUCACGAGUAAUAGAA